AUGUUCUCAUUCCUCGCCGUAUCGUACAUCUGCGCUGCUCUUACGCUCGCGGGCUGUGCUUUCGCCGUACCCCUCGAAGGCCACGCCGCCCGCGUACAGGUAGCGAACAGGGAUGCGCUGAGCCCUGGCGAAGUAGGCGAAGCACCGACAUCGACGGUGGCUCAGCUCGUAGCACAGCUCCGCGCCGCGCCGUCCUUCAACGCUCGCGGAGCGGCGGACGAUGGGGGUGCCGGUAUCGCUACAGGAGAACCCGACUAUCCCGCGACUAUCGGUGGUGUACCCGACGCUCCUCUUCCGACUCCGACUGUCAGUAUCAAGUGGACGUUCAUCGAUGCGCGGAGUGAGGGAGAGGUGAAGGCGAGGCAGUCUUAUGACAGUCCUACGCUGGGUGAUGAGCCCGAUGAAGGCGAGAUCGUCGUAGUCAAUAACGGGGUGUAUUACGCGUGA